GGGGUGGGCCAGACGCACGCAUGCUCAAGCGUCCUCCGGGGCAAGCCGGAAGCCGGAAGCGUGGUCUGGGAGUGAUGGCAGCCGGUGGUCUGAGCCGCUCCGAGCGCAAGGCGGUGGAGCGAGUCCGGAGGCUGCGGGAGGAACAGCAGCGGGAGCGCCUUCGCCAGGUGUCACGCAUCCUGAGGAAAGCGGCAGCGGAGCGCAGCGCUGAGGAGGGCCGGCUGCUGGCCGAGAGUGAAGACCUAGUGACAGAGCUGCAGGGCCGGAGCCGGCGGCGUGAGGGUCUGAAGCGGCGGCAGGAAGAGGUGUGCGAUGACCCCGAGGAGCUGCGGAGAAAAGUCCGGGAGCUGGCCAGCGCCGUCCGGAGCGCCAAAUACUUAGUGGUCUACACAGGCGCCGGUAUCAGUACGGCAGCCUCUAUCCCAGAUUACCGGGGACCAAAUGGAGUGUGGACGCUGCUUCAGAAAGGGAGAAGUGUGAGCAGUGCUGCCGACCUGAGUGAGGCUGAGCCCACCCUCACCCACAUGAGCAUCAUGCAUUUGCAUGAGCAAAAGCUGGUACAGCAUGUGGUGUCUCAGAACUGUGACGGGCUCCACCUGCGAAGCGGGCUGCCGCGCACAGCCAUCUCAGAGCUCCAUGGGAACAUGUACAUUGAAGUCUGCACUUCCUGCAUCCCCAACAGGGAGUACGUGCGUGUGUUUGAUGUGACAGAACGCACUGCUCUCCACCGACACCAGACAGGCCGGACCUGUCACAAAUGUGGGGCUCAGCUCCGAGACACCAUUGUGCACUUUGGGGAGAGGGGAACAUUGGGGCAGCCUCUGAACUGGGAGGCGGCAACGGAGGCUGCCAGCAAAGCAGACACGAUCCUGUGUUUAGGGUCCAGCUUGAAGGUUCUAAAGAAAUAUCCCCGCCUCUGGUGCAUGACCAAGCCCCCCAGCCGGCGGCCCAAGCUCUACAUUGUGAACUUGCAGUGGACUCCAAAGGAUGACUGGGCUGCCCUGAAGCUUCAUGGGAAGUGUGAUGAUGUCAUGCGGCUCCUUAUGGGUGAACUGGGCUUAGAGAUCCCCCUCUACAACAGGUGGCAGGAUCCUAUCUUCUCCAUGGCAACUCCCCUACGUGCUGGUGAAGAAGGCAGCCACAGUCGCAAGUCUCUAUGCAGAAACAGAGAGGAGGCCCCAUCCGAGGACCAGAGUGCUCCACUUAGCUCAGCCGCCAUCCUAGGGGGCUGGUUUGGCAGGGGCUGUGCCAAACGUGCAAAGAGGAAGAAAGCAAUAUAAUCUGUUUUUUGUUUUUUUCUCUUUUGGUACCGGGAAUUGAACUCAGGACCUCGUGUUUGCCAGGCAAGCACCACGCUGCUGAGCUAGAUCCCUGGCCCAACCUGGAUGUUGACAAACAAUUGGCACUUUGAAAAUGGCUGGAACUUUUAUACAGGGGCAUGUGUCACUGCGAAGGCCGGCUUGUCCUCAUGAAGCCUCAUGUGAGCUCCUGGGUGACAUUUUACCCUGACAUUUUUAGCCAUUUGUUCCGUGGGAAGCCACCUUGCACUGCUGUGCCCCCCAAUGUGGGCUUGACCCCAGGGCACCUUCUCUAUAAAAAGGGGUGGCAGCAGGUCUCUCUGUGAGAAUAGAGCUCAGGUUCUGGGCCUGGCUGGCAGAGGAGCCCACAGCUGCCUUACCUCACUCACCCAGCUACUCUCAGGGCCGCCUCUAUUUCUACUAUUUCCUACUAAAUGUGUUAACUUUAUAGCGAUCUUUCUCUGUGUUGGGUGUGCAGCAGAGCGGCGAUACUGAGCCUCUGCUCCGAGCAGACUUUUUCCCUAUUAAACAUCUCUGCACUGUC